CAGAAGAGGAUACUUAGAGGGACUUGACUCUCCUCUUAGUGGGCUCCUCUACUCUGCCUCUUUGUCUCUGCUCCCCCCUCUGUGAAUCCUUCCUCUCUAGAAGAAACCAGUCAUGUCCACCAGAACUACAAGCGUGAAAACCGUCAGGACCAGCUAUGGCUCCGGCAGCAGCAGUGGUGGCUUCGGCGGUGGCAGCCGUGUGUCUGUAGGAGGUGGAGGAUUUUCCUCAAGAUCUGCUGUUCAGAUGAGGCCAUCAUACGCAAUGUCAACAUCCAGCAUGGCAGGCGGCUCAAUGCUGCGGUCAAGCAUGGGUGGUGGUGGCGGCGGCGGCUACGGAUCUGGCUUCGGUGCUGGUGGUGGUGGCGGUUUUGGAUCCGGUGGCAGUUUCAGCAGCAGCUCCGCUUAUGGUGGUGGUUUCGGAGGUGGUUUCGGAGGUGGUUUCGGCGGUGGCUUCGGUGGCGGUGCCGGAGGCAUUGCAGUGGCCCCCAUCACGAAUGUCCAAGUCAACCAGAGCCUGCUGGCCCCCCUGAACCUCGAGAUCGACCCCAACAUCCAGACUGUCCGCACCCAAGAGAAGGAACAGAUCAAAACUCUGAACAACCGCUUCGCCAGCUUCAUUGACAAGGUGCGCUUCCUGGAGCAGCAAAACAAAAUGCUGGAGACCAAGUGGAGCCUCCUGCAGGAGCAGACCACCACCCGCUCCAACAUCGACGGCAUGUUCGAGGCCUACAUCGCCAACCUGCGCAGACAGCUCGAUGGGCUCGGCAACGAGAAGAUGAAGCUGGAGUCAGAGCUGAAGAACAUGCAGGGUCUGGUGGAGGACUUCAAGAACAAAUAUGAAGAUGAAAUCAACAAGCGUGCCUCUGUGGAGAAUGAGUUUGUGCUCCUCAAGAAGGAUGUCGAUGGUGCAUACAUGAACAAAAUUGAGCUGGAGGCCAAGGUUGACGCUCUUCAGGAUGAGAUCAACUUCCUCAGAGCUAUCUAUGAAGCUGAACUGCGUGAGCUCCAGGGCCAGAUCAAGGACACUUCAGUCAUUGUGGAGAUGGACAACAGCCGUGGCCUGGACAUGGACGCCAUUGUCGCCGAAGUCAGGGCACAGUAUGAGGAAAUCGCCAACAACAGCAGAGCCGAGGCUGAGAAAUGGUAUCAGCAGAAGGUAGGUGAAGAGUCUGCAAAGUCAAAUGCUAGCAGAGAGAUUUGUGGAACCUUUAGUAACUAUGUUUUAAUCUCAUCCCUUCAGUACCAGGAAAUGCAGACAUCUGCAAACCAGGCUGGAGAUGACCUCCGCAGCACCAAGAGCGAAAUCGCUGAGCUCAACCGCAUGAUCAGCCGCAUCCAGAAUGAGAUUGAGGCAGUCAAGGGACAGCGUGCCAACCUUGAGGCUCAGAUCGCUGAGGCCGAGGAGCGCGGUGAGCUGGCCGUGAAGGACGCCAAGGCCCGCAUCAAGGACCUUGAAGACGCCCUGCAGAGAGCCAAGCAGGACAUGGCCCGCCAGGUCCGCGAGUACCAGGAGCUCAUGAACGUCAAGCUUGCUCUGGACAUUGAGAUCGCCACCUACAGGAAGCUCCUGGAAGGAGAGGAGUCCAGAAUUGCCUCCGGCGGUGGAUCUGCAACCAUCCACGUGCAGUCUUCAAGCAGCAGCUUCGGUGGUAGCUCAGGAGGCGGCGGCGGCUACGGCAGUGGAUAUGGCGGUGGUUACGGCGGUGGCAUGUCCGUGGGCGGCGGCGGCGGCUACGGCAGCGGCAUGAGCAUGGGCGGCGGCAGCUACGGCGGCAGCGGCAUGAGCAUCGGUGGUGGUGGCAGCGUCUCUUCAAAAACCUCUACCAUGGUCUCAUCCACGCGCCGUUUUUAGAGCGGCAGCCAUCUUUUCCUCCACCACCCCCCCCUUCCCUGAUUUUAUUCUCCACAUACCCACAUACCCACUGAGAGUCAGAGAUUACAUCCAAAUACAAGUAAAGGCAGAGAGCUUGUUGUGAGCAGCAGAGAUGUGAGUCAGUCCUUUCCUCCUCUGAGCAGUCAGCCUGGCUGUCUUUUGGUUGCUGGAUGUGCUGUUGUGUAGAAAAGAGGAUACUUACGAAACAUCGAAUGCUGCACACCAGUUGACAACAACGGGUUGUAGUUUUGCACCGAAUGAGGAGAAGAUGUUGCACUUAAAACACUUAAAUUCACGAAACAAACAUGCAGCGCCACACAUGUAACUCCUCCUUCGUGCAAACUCACCUGCUGCCUCACAUCUGUCAUUUUGUUGUUUAACAAAAGCAGCCAUGUAACACAUUCAUAUGUGAUCUUUGGUAUCCUCUUUUACUUCUCCUGUUUUGUUUUUUGAGGGAAAACAAGCUCUCCACUGCAGUUAAUGCGUGGUUGGGGUUUUGAGCAUACUUCACUUCCACUUCUGCUCUGAAUAAAAAAACAAGUAAGAGUUAAGGCUGACUAGGACUACCAGAUUUAUUGUAACACUGUACGACCGAUAACAUCUGGAAUAAAUCUGUGUUCAUAUCCA